AUGCCGCCUAAGUUUGUGUUGUCGUUGGAUCCAACCUCCAAAACUGUCGGCAUGGCGUUUGCGAUUGAAGCACCAGGGGAGGCAGUCCCUCUGAGCCCACAGCAGGUCUAUCUUGCUCUCCAGUCGGCUGGUUCAUCACAACAGCUGCACAUCCAAAGCGGAACGCAACAGCUUCAGGCUUGGGAGACGCAGCGGGGUUACUACACGUUACUGCAGGCAUGUCAACCACCCCUCCCAAAAUUUCGAUCUCAAGCCACGGUCGACAGCUAACUGAUGAUCGUUGUGUAGGCAGUAUAUCUCGACAGGUCUCUCCCGUCGGAAGUGCGAUACCUUGCCAUCAUCCAACUCAAAAAUGGCAUCGACAAGUACUGGCGGAAAACGGCGCCCAAUGCCAUCACGAAGGAGGAGAAGGAGGAGCUUCGAAAACAUUUGAUCGAGGGCGGCAUUGACGAGUCCAACACGAAUUUGGCGCUGCAGAAUGCUCUCGUGGUUGCAAAGGUGGUGCGAAUCGAUUAUCCGCUGGACUGGCCGAAUGUGCUCCCCAAUUUGAUCAAGGUCCUGCGAGAGGCACACCAGACAAAUCAAUUACACCUGCGAAGAGGAAUGUUGAUCUUACUACAAGUGGUGAAGGAGCUGUCCACCGCCAGACUUCGUACCUCACAGACGAGCCUCCAAUCCAUCACGCCGGAAAUUGUCUUUUUGCUCAACGAAAUCUACACGCAGAAGGUCGCAAUAUGGACCGGCUUCCUGAACGGAAAUGGAGAGGACGAGGGAGGCGCGUUGGAGGCAAUGGAGAAUAGUCUGUACUCAAUCAAAGUUCUUCGACGACUUCUCAUUGUUGGUUACGAGUUUCCAAACCACUCCAAGGAUGUUCAGUCAUUCUGGGCCCUUUCACAACACCAAUUUGGUCAAUUUCUGGAUAUGGUAUCUCGAGAUCCGCCGUUCCUAGUUUCCCCUGCAAAGGAGCUGGUUGAGAAGCACUUGGUACAAUUUUCAAAACUCCAUGUCCAAAUGUCAAAUACUCAUCCGGCCGCCUUUGCGCUUCUUCCAAACUCCCUCGACUUGGUCAGAGCUUACUGGGGUUUGGUGGGCAAGUUUGGUGAAUCUUAUGGUUCAGCGACUCAGGACUUCAGUGCGAAAGCCAUCAAUCCGGAUGAGAAUAUGAAAAACCAACGGCCUGUCAUGGAAAAGUUAUGUCUAAAAGGUCUCACAAUGUUGAGAGCCUGUCUGAAAAUGGUAUUUAGCCCGGCCCAAUCAUUCAAAUACAGAAAGCCCGAGGACAAAGCCGAGCAGCAAGAAGGUGUGGCCUUGAUCAAAACACAAUUGCUCACAGAUGAGCUUGUUUCGCAAAUGGCAAAUGUUAUUGUGACUAAUUUCUUCAUAUUCCGGCAAGUCGAUUUUGAGGCAUGGGAGGGAGAUGAGGAUGAGUGGGAAAUUCGUGAAGAGGGUGGGGGCGAUACGUGGGAGUUUGAGGUCCGACCAUGCUCAGAAAAGCUCUUCAUGGAUCUGGUCAUCAACUACAAACAUCUGCUCGUCGAUCCCUUAUUGUCAUUCUUCCAGUCAGUUGCUGGUACCGAUCAAGCCUCAGUAGUGACCAAGGACGCAGUUUAUACCGCUAUGGGUCUUUCUGCACCUGUUGUAUUUCAAAGUUUCGAUUUCGAUGGUUUCUUGACGUCAACUCUUGUCAAUGAUAUACAGCAAGUUGGCCCUGGGUACAAAGUUCUUCGUCGGAGAAUUGCCAUCCUUAUUGGACAAUGGGUCACUAUUAAAAUUUCCGAGACCAACAGACCGCUCAUAUAUCAAAUCUUUCAACAUUUACUAAAGAAGGAGGAUGAGACCAACGAUUAUGUUGUUCGUGUCACUGCCGCUCGACAAUUUAAAGCUGUCGUAGAUGACUUUACUUUCGCGGCUGACAGAUUCCUACCUUACGCCCCCGACUUUCUUGAGCGGAUGAUGGCUCUGACUCAAGAAGUUGAAAACACCGAGACAAAGAUGGCAAUUUUAGAGACGAUCCGAGUUAUCGCAGUACGCCUGGAGAGCAAGAUCGCCCCAUUUGCCGAUCAGAUUGUGUCUAUAUUACCGGGACUUUGGGAGGCUUCGGGCGAUGAGCACCUUCUGAAGCAGGCGAUUCUGACCUUGAUGUCUACAUUGGUUACGUCGAUGAGAGAGCAAGCUCAAAGAUACCAUGCAUUGAUAUUGCCACUCAUUCAAAGAGCCGUGGAGCCUGGCUCUGAGAUGCAGAUUUAUCUGCUGGAAGAAGCACUUGAUCUAUGGGUCACUAUUCUCGCACAGACACCCACUCCUGCAUCUCCAGAUAUACUUUCACUUGCAGAAUGUGCUUUUCCACUGCUUGGGCUUGGUUCAGAUAAUCUUCGAAUUGUUCUCAACAUCAUAGAAUCCUAUAUCCUGCUAGCUCCCGAGGCUAUGCUAAGUGACACGGUUAGACUUAGAAUUGUUUCGUACAUGGUCAACCUACUUGGUGUGAAGAAGAGAGAUCUGGCUGGACUGGUUACUUCAGUUGUUGAGAAUCUCAUUCGUGCUGCCGAAGCCUUGGGAGGUGCAGAUGGAGUCACACUCGUCGCAAAAGACCUUCACGAAUCUGGCUACACGACCAAAAUCCUCGAAGGCCUUCGCGACGCAUGGGAAGCCCACCAAACUUUUGGACCCGAGCGAAAAUACCCCAAACUUGACGAUGUGGUAGAAACAGAUUAUUUUACCAUCCUCGCUCGUUUGGCACUAGCCAGUCCCCCCGUGCUGGUAACCAUUAUGAGCUCCGCCGGAAAUGCAAACGAAGUUUGGUCCUGGCUUAGCUCAGAGUGGUUCCGUCACUUUGACAGCAUGGCCAACAUCGACCGACAAAAACUAUCGUGUCUCGCUCUUACUCGUCUCCUUGAACUUCCUCCGCCUAUGACACCGGUAAUUCUCGAACGCCUACAGGACUACUUCGCCAUGUGGACCUCUGUCGUCUCGGAAAUUCUGGCGGGACGUGAUGAUGCGGGUGAUAAUCUGGUUUGGGGCCCAUCGGAGGGAAAUGAAUAUGAAGGACCGGAAGAUGUAAGAAAGAGACUUCAUGCUGCGAAUGAUCCUGUGCAUACAGUCCAUACGUUUGAUUUUGUCAAGGAGAGACUUGGGCAGGUUGUCAAUGCUUGUGGGGGGGAGAAGGCGUUCCAAGACGGGUUCGCAUGUAAUGUUGAUAAGGACGUUCUGGAGGGAUUCCAAAAGCUGGGGACGCAGACGCAUGUUGACCCCUCCGUGUUCUGGGAUCGGAAUUAG